AUGAUCACUAGCCAAGUUGCAGGAAUGCUUAUCAAUGGAAUGUACGGCAUCAAAGGAGAUGUACCUCUCAGCGUUGAGUCCCCACAAACGGACUCACUUGAACCUAAAUAUUCUUGUCCAAAAUCGAGUGCUCUCUUUUCAGGUGCGAAGGAUGCUCCCAACACACCAUGGGCUGACCAUCUAGCCCGUACAAAGGAGUUUGUGGCAGAGUUAGAUGCUAUUUCUGGCGUCUCUCCAUCCGACUCCGGAUGGCACUCCAGUUUCGACCACUAUUUUGAUAAUUUGUCGGCACGUCUCUGUCAUGCCAAGCCGUUGCCGUGCAAUAUCAAAGACAUCUCGAGAUGUAUUACUCGGACUCAGGCUGAUAAGGUAUUUCGACUGGGCCAGUUCGAGUAUUCUUACAUGUAUCGCGACUCCAAAAGCUCUCUCCCUGCUAGCACAUCUAGCUUAGGUGUCUGGAUCGCAGAACUUGCUCAGCAUCUCCAUGACCAGGUAGCUGGAAAGGAUGGGAAGAUGCUCUAUAGACACAACGUCGCCCAUGAUGGAAGUGUUUCCAGGCUUCUAUCGAUUCUCCAGCUGGAUGUUAUGGUUUGGCCCGGCAUGGGCUCCGAGAUUGUGUUCGAACUCUACUCCAAGAAAAAGACUACGUGGGGCCGUGAGAAGGAGUACUUUGUACGAGUUUUGUUCAGUGGCCAAGUCAUGCGCAGCUCUCACCCGGAACUUGGCUUAUUGGAUAUGGUCCCCGUCACAACCCUGUUGUCAUAUUUUGAUGGCCUCGUUGGUGAAAAGGCAAGGUUGGUGCCUGGGCUUUGUGGGAAUUAA